GACGCUUUGGUUAUUUGUUAGGGGCAAUUUGGCGGCGGAAGGAGCUUCAACACACCAGUCGCCGACCGACACCAGUCAGUCGCCAACGACUUCUACGCUACAACCCCGCCAUCCAAUUCCACAUCCGCCGACACCACUACAACCACCACAACACACAGAACAACAGCAAGAUGGCUUCUCAAGGUGCCACCGCCGCCGUCAAGGCCAUUAACCCCGCGUUCAACCCUAGGACCGUGCACUUCUGGGCUCCCGUUCUCAAGUGGGGUCUCGUCAUCGCCGGAAUUAGUGACUUCUAUAGACCCGUCCAGGACCUGUCCGUCAACCAGAAUGCCGCGCUGACCGCGACCGGAAUGAUCUGGACGCGUUGGUGUCUGAUCAUCAAGCCUCGCAACAUUCCGUUGGCUGCUGUCAACUUCUUCCUGGGUGUCGUCGGUGCUACGCAGUUGACCAGGAUUGCGCUUUACCGUCGCGAACUGAAGAAGCAGCAGGCCGAGAGCCCGAUCCUGUCUCAGUUGCCCCCGAAGGCUUAGAUGCAGACUGGUUGGAGAAAGGGCGGGGUGUGUGUGCAUUCGAUACCUGGCAGUUACCUACUACGAAUCUACCUGGGUUUCUGGUGCGCAAUCAAUCGUUAGGCUCAU